GCAAGGGUCGCGUUAGCCGCGCGCCCCUAGACAGCCGCCGCUGCCCAAUUCUCGACGCGGCAUGAACCGCAAGAAGCUGCAGAAGUUGACGGACACCUUAACUAAAAAUUGCAAGCACUUUAAUAAAUUUGAAGUGAACUGUCUUAUAAAUCUUUUUUAUAAUUUGGUGGGAGAAGUAACAGAGCGGCAAGGUAUCACCAUUGGGUUAGAUCGUAAUGCAUUUCGAAAUAUCCUGCACAUGACAUUUGGAAUGACAGAUGACAUGAUUAUGGACAGAGUAUUCCGAGGUUUUGAUAAAGACAACGAUGGCUAUGUAAACGUAUCAGAAUGGAUUUAUGGAUUAUCAGUAUUUCUUCGAGGAACUUUGGAAGAAAAAAUGAAAUAUUGCUUUGAAGUGUUUGAUUUGAAUGGUGAUGGAUUCAUUUCAAAGGAGGAAAUGUUCCAUAUGUUGAAGAACAGCCUUCUCAAACAGCCAUCUGAAGAAGACCCUGAUGAAGGAAUUAAAGAUUUGGUUGAAAUAACACUUAAAAAAAUGGACCAUGACCAUGAUGGGAAGCUGUCUUUCACAGACUAUGAACAAGCUGUGAGAGAAGAGACCCUUCUACUGGAAGCUUUUGGACCAUGUCUUCCUGAUCCAAAGAGUCAUAUGGAAUUUGAAGCCCAAGUAUUUAAAGAUCCGAAUGAAUUCAAUGAUAUAUGAAUACCUAAAUGUCUGUGUUAUCUCAAGUGAGUAAAAAAAGAGGCGCAUAUGUAUUGUUUAUUUUUUCUACUUAGCUCAGAGAGAUAAUGUUGAAUUGUGUCUUUGGGGUGGGGAAUGGGGCUCACCAACAUGUAUCAUUCAGCUUUGGGGCAAGAUGCAAGUGAAAUAAAUGGAAGACAGGAAGUCCCUUAUUAAAUGUUGGGUUUGGCAAGACAAAUUCGCAUUGCCAGAUAUUUUAUCACAUAAACUAUCUAUUGGAGCAUAUAACUAUCAUAAAACAUUUGUAUUAAUGAAAUGAGUAGAGAGAUUACAUAAGCAUGAAUUAUUGAGGUAAAUAUUCUUCAUGUCAGAAAAUGCUGGGUAUACAUUUAAAAAUCA